CUUUGCCUUGCCGGCCCACUGUUGCCAUGGGUAUACCAGUCUUCAUACUCGCUGGUCUCCUUGUGCAUUGUGUGUUCUUGGUCUCCAUUUUUGACAUCUACUUCAGCUCUCCCCUGGUUCACGGUAUGACUCCUCAGCAGACUCCACUGCCACCUCCGGCAAAACGUCUCGUACUCUUUGUCGCUGAUGGUCUGCGGGCAGAUUCGCUGUAUGAGUUGAACAGCAACGAUACACCCCAAGCACCUUUCCUGCGGGGUGUUCUAGAGAAUAAUGGCAGCUGGGGAAUCUCUCACACCCGGGUCCCAACGGAAUCCAGGCCAGGGCACGUUGCGCUUAUAGCUGGAUUUUAUGAAGAUGUCAGUGCAGUUGCUAAAGGAUGGAAGGAGAAUCCAGUGGAAUUUGACUCUGUUUUCAAUGAAAGUAAAUAUACUUGGAGCUGGGGAAGCCCAGAUAUUUUGCCAAUGUUUGCAAAAGGUGCUACUGGAGAUCACGUUUAUACAUUUUGUUACACGGCAGAAAGUGAAGACUUUGGAGCACAAGAUGCAGCCAAGCUUGACAUGUGGGUUUUUGAUCAUGUUAAGAGCUUCUUUAAUUCUUCCAGAAGUAAUCAAACAUUGUUCUCUGCACUGAAUGAGGAGAAAGUGGUUCUGUUCCUGCAUUUGCUAGGCAUAGACACAAAUGGACAUGCUCAUCGGCCAAACUCAAGGGAAUACAAGGAGAAUAUUAAAAAAGUUGACGAGGGUGUAAAGGAAAUUGCUUCAAUGAUUGACAAUUUCUAUGGAAAUGAUGGAAAAACUGCAUUUAUUUUAACUUCUGACCAUGGAAUGACAGAUUGGG